AUGCUCCUCCGCGACGGCCACCGGCGGAGCGCCGCCGCCGUCCAUCUCCUCACCCGGAGGCUCCACACGGCCACGGCAGCGGUGGCCUCACCUUCCCUCCCGCUGGUGUUACACCGGCGGCAGAAGAACCCCUACGACCUGAUGAAGGAGGACCCCAUCGAGAUCUGCUCCGAGCUCUGGAUCCGCUCCUACUCCCGCGGCGGAGACGGCGGCGCUGCCGUCCCCUUCGUGAACCUCACCGGCUUCCUCAAGAAGUUUGAUCUGUGGGUGCUCGCUUACCAGCGAUCCUGCGCCCACGCCACUGGUUCCUCCUUCCCCCCGAGGAACGCCAUCCACCUCCCCACUCUCCGCUCCCUCCUCUCACUCCAGGAGGCCGUCCUCGCCGGCCGCUUCACCUGGGGCGCCGCCGCAGAUCUGCACAUCCGCGCCCCCAACGACCUCCCCUCCACCAAGCUCAUAUCCAAGCGCAAGCUGAAGCUCCUCGCCGACGCCGCGGGGCCGCCGUUUCAGGAUCGGAUCGUCCAGGAGCUCCUCCUGCUCAUCCUGGAGCCAGUCUUCGAGCCGAGGUUCUCUAACAGAUCCCAUGGCUUCCGCCCAGGUCGAUCGCCCCACACGGUGCUCCGCAGCAUCCGCAGCAAUUUCGCAGGUUACCUCUGGUUCAUCAAGGGGGAUCUGUCCAGCAUCUCGGAGAAUCUCGACGCCGAGAUCAUACUGAGGUGCCUGGAGAAGGGUACGAAGGACCCCAAGGUACUGCGUCUAAUCCGCGCUGGCCUUCGAAAUCCCUCGAAGCCGCGACAGUCGCAGCCUGCGGAGGAAGGAAUUUCCGACGGGGACUUGCAGAGGAAGCGAAUGAAGAGGAAGACGAUGAGGAUGAAGAGGAAGAAGAAGAUCCUGAAGGAGAACGAGCCCAAGCCCGACCCCUACUGGCUGAGAGUCUUCUUCAGCUUCUCUCCCGAGGAAGCUGCGCGAGUGCCGAGCUAUGGCCGCUGUGGAAUCCUGAGCCCUCUGCUCGCCAACAUCUGCCUGAACGAACUGGACGACUGGAUGGAGGAGAAGAUCGUCCAGUACUUCCGCCCAUGCAAGCUCGACUCGAUAUGGAGGGACUCCAUCUCCGACGGCAGCCACAACCCCGCCUGGCCGGAGUUCGUCCCCUCCAGCGGGAGAGAGAAGACGAAGAGGAUGGACUACAUCCGCUACGGCUCGCACUUCCUGGUCGGAAUCAGAGGCCCCCGAGAGGACGCUGUGGAGCUCAGGAGGAGCCUGAUGGAGUUCUGCGAGGCCGCCUUCGGGAGGAGACCGGAGAGCUCGAAGGUGGAGAUCGAGCACAUCACCAGAGGGAUCCAGUUCCUGGAUCACGUCAUCUCCAGGCGGGUGAUCCAUCCGACUCUGCGAUACACGGGAACGGGGGGGAAGAUCGUGAGCGAGAAAGGCGUGGGGACGCUGCUCUCCGUCACGGCGAGCCUGCAACGCUGCAUCAGCCAGUUCCGCCGCCUGGAGCUCGUCAAGGGGGACAGGGACCCGGAACCAUUGCCGUGCUCGCCGAUGCUUUACUCCGGCCAGGCCCACACCAACUCACAGAUGAACAAGCUGCUGGAAACCCUAGCCGACUGGUUCCGCUACGCGGACAAUCGGAAGAAGGUGGUCGGCUUCUGCGCCUACGUGAUCCGGAGCUCGCUGGCGAAGCUCUACGCCGCCAGGUACAGGCUCAAGUCCCGCGCCAAGGUCUACAGGAUCGCCUCCCGCGACCUGAGCCGACCGCUCAGGGAGAGCACCAGGAACGCCGCCCCCGAGUACUCCGACCUGCUGAGGAUGGGCCUCGUUGACGCCAUUGACGGGGUUCAGUUCUCCCACAUGUCGUUGAUCCCCUCCUGCGACUACACCCCGUUUCCGAGGAACUGGGAGCCUCGCCAUGCCCGGCUCCUGCGAGAAUACAUCAGGCUGCAGGACCCGAAGCAGUUCUGUGAUCUGUACAGGUCGGUGAAGCGCCAGGAUCUGAGCUUCCCUCAGGAGGAUAUGUCCAAGAUCGUGUGGCACCUCAAGGUCUGCGGCAUUCGAGGUCUUCAGAAACUUCCCACUGAUUCUUCUGCAUCUCGGAGGAGAAGAUCCGGCCAUGGUGACGAGCCACCCCCACGUUGA